GUAGGGAACUUUCCUCCCAUAACCCACGGAAGAACAUUAUAUCAAAUUAAUUUUUAUUUAUUUAUAUGUUUCAGAUUGUUAUUAUGAACUUAUGAUCUAAAUCCUAAUGAUAUGUCAAUUGUCAACUCAUUUUGGGAAUAUACUUCCUUCAUCUCGAAUAUUAUUUGUACUUACUUGUGAAGAUAAAACUUAGCAAGUAUAAAAUAUCAACCACGCUUUAAUUAUGAAUCAUCUAAUCUUACCUGUCAAUGUUGACUUAAAAUGCACUUAACAUACUUCAUAUCUCUCUUGCACUUCCCGGAAAACAAAUAAAUAACACAACCAUUUCAUAAACAAGUUAUAGUUAGUUAAGUUUUAUUGAAAAAAGAUCAGUACAAUCAUUACUUGUGUGACUUAUUAUAGAGUGCUACAAUGGGUUGCUAUAGAAUUUUGCUUGUGACCAUAGUCUCAUUCAUUCUUUUGCUUCCAAAUACACAAGGGUGGGGAGAAGAUGGACAUGCCAUUGUUUGUAAGAUUGCUCAGAGUCGACUCAGCAAUACAGCUGCUAAGGCUGUGAAAAAACUUUUGCCAAAAUCAGCAAACAAUGAUUUGGCAAGUCAAUGUUCAUGGGCAGAUCAUGUGAGGUUUAUCUAUCAGUGGUCGUCUCCAUUGCACUUUGCAGAUACUCCUGACAAUAUUUGCAGCUACAAGAACAACAGGGAUUGUAUAGAUCACAAAACUGGAACCAAGGGGCGAUGCGUCGUGGCGGCGAUUUCCAAUUACACUAACCAGCUUCUGGACUUUGGCACUGACACUGAAUCUCAAUUUAACCUCACUCAAGCUCUUCUAUUCCUUUCACAUUUUAUGGGAGACAUUCAUCAGCCUCUACACUGUGGCUUUGUCUCAGACAAAGGAGGCAAUACAAUUGAUGUUCAUUGGUACAAAAGAAAACAAAAUCUUCACCAUGUUUGGGAUGUUAGCAUAAUUGAGACACAACUUGAAAGGUUCUAUGACUCAGAAUUAGGCGAGUUCAUUGAUGCAAUUCAACAGAACAUUACGAGAGAAUGGGCUGAUCAAGUAGAAGAUUGGGAGAAUUGCGGUUCUAAGGAUGCCCCGUGCCCAAUUACAUACGCUACUGAAAGUAGUGAAGAUGCUUGUAAAUGGGCAUAUGAAGAUGCAUCCGAAGGUUCAGUACUUGGUGAUGAUUAUUUCCUGUCACGUUUUCCUAUCGUCAACUUGCGAUUAGCUCAAGGAGGAGUUCGUUUGGCCGCAACUUUGAAUCGUGUAUUUGACACGCAGCUUCUUGUUUCAAUGUAACAUGAAUGUUAUUAUUAACACUCUCUUUUCCAUAUAUAUAAUUUAGUGAACUAAUUAUGAUAAUGUUAGAUAAGAAUUUGUUUUUUUUUUGACAAUGGAUUCCUAAGAAUGUUAUAUUAAGAGUAUUUAACUCUUUUUUUA